AUGUCCUCCUCACGCCCACGGCGCACCGGGCCGAUCCGCAGAUCGCAAUACGGUUACCGUGUUCCGCCACUGGAGCUGCGCGAGGCCCUCGCCACCAAAUUGCAAGCAAUUGCGCAGCGGGGGCCCCAGCAGGAAAACCCGGCACAGGCGCCGGAGCCUCUCAGCGAUGACGAAGACGCGGAAUUGGAGGGGGAAGAUUCCUCAUCGGACGACGAAGCCGAAGGCGACGAAAGCUCGGCCAGUUCGUCAGGAGCAUCGUCCCCCGAGACCUCUCCCGUGCCCUCGCCAACUACCGCCGCCCCCACAACCAGUGCUCUAUCGCAACCAGCACCUGCCGGACUCUCGUCGACCUGGUCAACUAGCGUUCUCGCCGCUCCCACUUCGACUUUCAAUCCCACCAACAGAGAGGAGGACGACAGUGAUAGCGACGAGCCGGACGAAGACCCUACCGGACCCGCCUUGACCAGGGGCCCGCGGCCGACCGGUGCUUCUGGCACUGCCGCGGCCCAGCUAUCCUCGGAUACUGCCGCGCCUUCACUAUCUGCGCCGAAUGGUGCCGAGCAAUCUGGAGAAGUUUGGGUAAUGGGCGGUCCUCCCCCUCCAAAGCCGCCCUCCUCGGGCAUCUCACAGACGACUGAGCACACUCUGAUCGCUGCUGGCUCCAUUGGUGCGACUUUGCUCAUUGUGUUGAUAAUCUGGGGCGUGUACACGAUGCGUAAGAAGGGACUCACGUUCCGCGAUCUGGUACAGAUGUCGCGGCGCUCUCGCGGUCGGCCGGACCGUACCUAUGACAUUGCGAAGCCUGCUGUCCACCGCAUGCCGGCCUACAUGUCGGAGGAUAAGGAGAGCAUGCCUCUUCCGCAACCGCCUCAGGUCUCUUACCGACCUGAUAGCGGUCAGCGUGAUUUUUUCGGCGGCUCUUUUGGUCUUCGUCCGAGCACACCUCAGGCGUCCACUCGCACUUUCCUGGACGACACCACACCACCGCGAAAUCUUUCGAGAGCUCCGUCCAACGCUCGUUCUAGUGGUUCAAGUUCACCAACCUUGCUGCCCCUGCAAUCCCAGCAGCCAUCGUUCUUGUCGAGAAGCAAUUAUGAUGGCUCACCACCACCAUCGUUGCCCAUUCAGAGAUCCGAGUCGUACAAGAGCAGUCAAGGACAAAGCCGCUAUAGCGCAGAGCGUGAUGACAUCGUCUCGCCCGAGGCCCCUGGGCCGACAUACCAGAAUUUCACGACAAGCCGGCGCUUUACCGCGAAGAAGGAACCUAGCUACGAAAGUCGCUUCAGCUGGACGCAGUCGUCUCAAGCCCCACCGACCCCCAUCGAGCCCACAACGCCACACUCGGUCGGACGCUCCAGUAUAGCGCCAACGGAGAGGAGCAGUGUGGCGCGAUUCCGCACUGUUGACUCGUGGGUCGGCAACCAGACGGGCCGCAUCCCGUCGACGCAGCUGCGCGAACAGCCGCACUGGUCGUACCGCCAGAGCACUAGCACCAACGGCGGCCUAGGCCAGGUCGACGAAGGACAGCCUGGCUGGCAGCCAGAAAUCCCCGCUUCCAGCGUUCCUACCGUCCCCGCGGUGCCCAGCCAGUACAAGCCGGGGGGAGCGGCGUACCACCAGCGCCAGAACACGUCGUACAGCGAUCAAACCGUCUUCCGCCAGCAUCCCGGCACUGAGGUCAAGAUUCCGAGAGGAAGCUUGGUGCCGAGCGAGGUAUUGGACGCGCAUAUGAUCCCCUCUGCACUUUAA